CAAAUCAAAAGUUGAUCUGCGCCGCACGUGAUUGGUCAUCACUAACCAAACGCCCUCUAAUCUUUCCAUUUCCUUUUGCUCCCCAGUGUAAUAAAGCCAUGCUAAUAAGAAUAAGAAAGCCAUAGAGAAAGAAGGAAAAAGGAUAUGGACUAUCUUCAAUUGCGAGUCUUACCUCUACUAGCACUGCUCGCUUCUCUUAUCUACUUCUUCUACUUUCAGGAUUCUCCCACGCUCUUUGAAAGAAGUGAUUGUAGCCUCUUUCCUUAUAAUCAUUACUGGAUUAUUAGUAAGCGUAUUGUGACACCUCAUGGAGUUAUUUCUGGUGCAGUGGAGGUAAAGGAAGAGAAAAUCGUGUCUAUAAUUAAGGAAGAGGAUUGGCAUGGUAAUUUGAAAAAGGGGCAAAUAAUUGAUUAUGGAGAAGCUGUUGUCAUGCCUGGCUUGAUUGAUGUGCAUGCACAUCUUAAUGAUCCGGGAAGAACUGAAUGGGAGGGGUUUCCUUCUGGGACUAGAGCAGCUGCUGCUGGUGGUAUUACAACAUUGAUUGACAUGCCUUUGAAUAAUUUUCCCGCAACUGUUUCUGCAGAAACUCUAAAACUCAAGAUUGACGCUGCAGAGAAGAACAUCUACGUUGAUGUUGGUUUUUGGGGAGGUCUUGUUCCUGAAAAUGCAUUCGAUGCAAAUUCUCUAGAAGCCCUCCUAAGUGCCGGUGCUCUUGGUUUGAAGUCUUUCAUGUGUCCUUCGGGGAUCAAUGACUUCCCAAUGACCAAUUCCAGUCAUAUCAAGGAGGGACUAUCUAUACUGGCAAAGUACAGAAGACCUUUACUUGUACAUGCAGAGAUUCCCCAAGAUUCUGAAAGCCACUUAGAAAACGGUGAAAAUGACCCUCGAUCUUAUUCAACAUACCUUAAGACAAGGCCACCAUCAUGGGAGGAGGCAGCGAUUAGAGAGCUCUUGACAGUGUCCAAGGACACUAGGAUCGGUGGUCCUGCCGAAGGAGCUCAUCUUCAUGUUGUUCAUUUGUCCGAUGCAGGUUCCUCCCUCCAGCUUCUAAAGGAAGCAAAAAGUAAUGGUGACAGCGUAACUGUUGAGACAUGUCCCCAUUACCUAGCCUUUUCGGCAGAAGAGAUUAAGGAUGGAGACACUUGUUUUAAAUGUGCUCCACCAAUCCGUGACGCAGCUAAUAAAGAAAGAUUAUGGACGGCUCUAUUGGAAGGUGACAUCGACAUGUUAAGUUCUGAUCAUUCACCAUCAGUUCCUGAUCUUAAACUCUUCGAUGAAGGUAACUUUUUGAAGGCUUGGGGUGGCAUAUCUUCUUUGCAGUUUGUUCUUCCUGUGACAUGGUCACAUGGACGGCAAUAUGGUGUCACUCUGGAACAGCUGGCUUUGUGGUGGAGUGAAAGGCCUGCCAAGCUUGCUGGGCAGGAUUUGAAGGGGGCCAUUGCAGUAGGAAACCAUGCAGACAUUACGGUAUGGGAGCCAAAUGUGGAGUUUGAGCUCAACAAUGAUCUUCCUGUUUACCUUAAACAUCCUAGUAUCUCAGCCUACAUGGGAAGCAAACUUUCUGGAAAAGUUAUGUCAACAUUUGUCAGAGGAAACCUGGUCUACAAAGAGGGAAAGCACGCUCCUGCUGCUUGUGGUGCUCCUAUCUUAGCUACAUAAUGGGAUAAAUAAGAACAGGAAGCCCUGUAGUUUAAUUUCCAAAUUUUCUCUCCAAGAGGCCUUUUUUAUUUAUUUGGAUUUCAAUUUUGAAUUUCCUAGCUUCCUAAUCUCUUCAAAAUGUUGUUCAUUUCCCACUCAAGUACUAUCAAGGUGUCUUAGUAGC